UCAAUUCUGUCUCAACUUUUAGCUGGUGAUAAAUCAAAGAAUUCAUCUGGAGCGGCACAGGUUAUAAAGAAUUCACAUAUUGUGUGCUUUGAUGUUGAUUCAACAGUAAUACGUGAAGAAGGUAUUGAUGAAUUGGCAAAGUUUUGCGGCAAAGGCCAUGAAGUAGCUCGAUUAACAAAAGAAGCGAUGAAAGGAUCAAUGACAUUCCAAGAGGCACUACUAUUACGUUUGAAUAUUAUUCAACCAACACAGCAGCAAAUUCGAGAAUUUCUUAAAUCACAUCCCAGCACAUUAUCAACGGGCAUCAAAGAAUUUGUUUGUAGAUUGCGUGAUGCAAAUAAAACAGUUUAUCUCAUUACUGGUGGAUUUGAUUGCUUGAUCGAACCUAUUGCUGAAGAACUUGGCAUUCCAUUUGGCCACAUGUUUGCCAAUAAAUUGUACUUCCAUUUCAAUGGUAAAUAUGCUGGGUUUGAUGCGAACCAACCUACCUCACGAACUGGUGGAAAAGGUGAAGCAAUUAACAUGAUUCGACGAUCACUGGGAGAACAACAACAAAACGUCAGUAUAACAAUGAUUGGUGAUGGUGCUACUGACCUUGAAGCAUCACCGCCAGCUGACAACUUCAUCGGGUACGGUGGCAAUGUCGUACGUGACGAAGUUCGAAACCGUUCUCAAUAUUAUAUUACCGACUUUCAACAAUUGUACAAAGAUAUUUAACGAUAUCGCGCUUAAAUAUAUACUCAAAUAAUACUAUUGACUCCAACUUUUUUCACACUAUCCGUAAUAAUUUCAUAUAAUGUAAAAUAUCAAAAGUCAAUAAAUAUAUCGUUCGCAUUA